AUGAUCUGUCAGCUACAACAUCGUUCUCUCGAAUAUGCAGGCUCACCUUUUCUGCUUGAAUUUGAAAAUUUAUCACAAAUGAAUACACUGGGUUCGGUACGUACGUAUGCCACCCAUCUAACCUACCCAUUUAUUCCGGAAGAAGCAAAGCAGGGCAAUAUCAAAGUUAUCAACGUUACCAGAAAUCCAAAGGACGUGUUCUGUUCCUUGUUCGAAUAUCAAUCUAGACUCAACAACAGGUUAUUUCAGGGAAGUUUCAACGGAUUUUUUCACCAGUUCGUGUCAGACGGAUUGCCGACCUGCGGAGCCUCCUGGUUCACCCACGUUAAAGAAUGGGAAAUUGCCAAGAAGUCAAAUCCGCGCAUGCGAUGUCUAAGCUUACGAUAUGAAGACUUAAUACGGAAUCCGUUUUCAAGUAUUUUGAAAUUGGCAAAGUUCCUGGAAGCAGACUACGAUGAAAACUUCUUGAGGAAAGUGGAGCAGACCCUAACAUUUGAGAAUAUGAGGAAGGAACACAAUACACAAAAAGGGAAAACAUCAAAAUAUUUGACAUGGGUCACCGAUGGAAGAUUGCCAAUUUAUCGAAAAGGGGUUAUCGGUGAUUGGAAACAAAAACUGACAGUAAAACAAAAUGAGUUGUUUGAUGAAGCUUAUUUGGAGAAGAUGGCUGGCAUGCCAUUCGAUCUCAGUUUUGUAUAUGAAUGA